AUGUCAGGCCUCUUCGGCACCCCGUCGGCCGCGCCGAGCACGGGCGGUGGCCUGUUUGGCAACGCGAACGCGACCCAAUCCCAGAAUCCAGCCACGACGCAACCCUCGACAUCCGGCGGCCUCUUUGGCUCUGCCCUCAACCAGAACCAGGCCAAGCCCGCGGCUGGCGGUCUCUUUGGCGGGGCGACUGGCCAGUCGCAAGGUACUGGCGGCGGCGGGCUCUUCGGCGGCGCCUCGACAGCUGCGACCUCUCAGCCCCAGGCUGGUGGUUUGUUCGGAGCCCCCAGCGCCCAGACGAGCCAGCCGGCGGCAGGCGGAGGAUUGUUCGGCGGCGCUGCAGCUCAGGCGCAACCGAGCACAUCGGGCGGUCUCUUUGGCGCGUCUACCACCCAGAACAAGCCGGCUACGGGUGGGCUCUUUGGAGCUUCUACAGCGCAACAGCCACAAUCGAAUACCGGCGGCCUAGGUCUUGGCCUCUCUACAAACAACCAAGCGAACGGCCAGAGUCUGCUCGGCCUGGGGGCUUCUCAACAGCCCACCAACGCCCAGUCUCAAGCAGCACCGAUCGGCUACUUCGACAGCCUGCUCGCCAAGAGCAAGAAGCAGGCCAAUGGAGAGGCCCCCAUGGAGGAGCUCCCUACACUUCAGCUUGGACUUGGUGACCUCCGCCAGAAGCUCAGAAAGCUAGGUCCACGAAGCCAAGAUCCUCUCCAGAGCGCCAGGGCUCAGUACACGCUCGCCGCUUCCGGGAUGGACCCCGGUGCUGCCGUCAAGGACCUGAACUACUUCGAUAUCCAGGCCGGCCGCGUCGAGAGACCCGUUGCUGGACUCGGCCCCUCUGAGCUCGACGUCGAUACCUAUCUCGCAAACCUGCAACAGAAGACCACUCUCAGCAUGAUCGCAGACGGUUUGGAGAGGUCUGUCCGAGACUUCGAUAACUUCCUGGAAGAUAAUGUGGCCAUGGAAUGGGAAGCCCAGCGGAAGCGUAUUUACGAGCAUUUCGGUAUCAAGCCUAGAGAUGACCCGACCGAGUCUGUUGCGGCUGCUAGGGAGUCGCAAUCCGCCGGAGGUUUUGGUCGGAGAAGAGGCAAAGGCGCACGUUCGACGGUGGCAGGCGAGAAGGGCAGUGUGUUUGGUCGAUCUAACCUUCAGAAGUCUGUCAUUGGCACGCCUAGCAAGAUUGGCUCUCACCAGGCUGAAUUCACCGACGUCGAGAGUCAGAACACCAAAUCAACUUCCCUAAAUGGUGCCGCGCCAGUAGACGACCGAUUCAUGCGCGAGAAGCAAAACAAACUUGCCGAGCGCAUUCGGGGGCUCAACCAUGCCCGGCUGGACCAGAUUCCAUUUCCCUUGCUGCAUGAGCUUAGUGACGUCGAGAGCACUUCUGGAGACCGACACGCUCAACACCUGGUUGAUGCAUAUCAUGCAGUGGUGGCCAUGGUCGGCGAGAACCCUGAGGCUGAGACUACCGCACACAAUGCAACAGCAAAGGAACGCCAGUUUGCCAAGAUGUACCUGGAUCUGCAGAGCAACUCUCCAAAUUCGAUCCAGUGGCGCAAGAGGGUCCUUCAGGGUUCGAACGAGUUCUUGGAGAACAGGUUCUUCCAGGAGGUAGAGGCUCUCAUUGCCAAAUACCCUCGCGAGGCCAACUUAGGCGGUCGUCCGGAUGUUGUCAGCAAGAUCAAGGCGUACGUGCGAUUACGGCACAACAGGAAAGAUCUGGUACCCGACAACACUGAGCUUCAACAAGUUAGUGGAGAAUUUGUCUGGGCCCUGGUGUACUACCUCCUGCGCUCCGGUCAUGUAACGGAGGCUGCCGAGUACGUCAAAGAGCACGCCACCACAUUCCGCAGCAUUGAUCGUACAUUUUCGUCUUACCUGCUGGAAUACGCGUCGACGCCAGACCGACGCUUGAGGCGGCAGCUGCAAGAGCGUUGCAACAACGAAUACACACAGCGUGUUCGCAACGCGCCCGAAAACACGAUCGAUCCCUUCCGGAUGGCUUGCUACAAGAUUGUGGGCCGCUGCGAAGUUGCCAACCGAAACCUGGAGGGCCUGAACACGGAUAUCUACGACUGGAUCUGGCUGCAGUUCAAUCUGGCCAGAGAGAACGACAAAUUGACUGAAGUGGCUGGUGAAUCAUACACAUUGAGCAAUCUGCAGGAGACGAUUCGGGAGAUUGUCCUGAGGCAUUUCCCCAAAACCCCCGCCGACGAUACCAAUGGCCAGUUCGGCAUGGCUUUCUUCUUGCAAGUUCUGUCAGGCACGUUUGAGCAGGCUAUAUCUUACCUAUACCCCUUUUCGUAUGUCGAUGCCAUUCACUUCGCGAUAGGGCUAGAGUUCUACGGCCUGCUGAGACCCGCCGAUCCUUGGGGCAAUGCGAAUGAGUUGUUGACGUACAACACCCGGUCGCAACCACAAAUCAGCUUUGGCCGCAUGCUCGGCUACUACACCAGAGAUUUCCGCGCAGCCGACGUAGGCUCUGCCGUGGAUUACUUGACAUUGAUCUGCCUGAACGCGGAUUUGGACGGCGACAUUGGAAAAGCCCAGGCCAACCUGUGUCACGAGGCACUCAGGGAACUGGUGCUUGAGACCCGAGAGUUUAGUAAACUCAUAGGUGACAUCCGACCCGAUGGCCAGCGUAUCACUGGGUUGAUUGAGGAGCGGGGCCCUCUCAUCGGCCUGAGUGAAGAAGACGAGUUCGUCAAGGCCGUCACUCUGCAGGCCGCACGCUUUGCAGACGACAGUGGCAGGACUACGGAUGCCGUCCUUCUGUACCACCUCGCUGCUGAUUACGAUAGUGUCGUCUCUAUUGUUAGCCGUGCGCUCAGCGAGGCAAUUUCGCUGGACAUUGGAGAGGACCCUAUGCGUCUGAUGCCCGUCAAGCCCCGAGCCGAAGGCAAGGCCGCCGAGGCGCAGCCUGGAAGCAGUCUCAGCCUUGCCUCGAUCGACGACCCGAUCGAUCUUGCAAGAACAAUGAUGUCGAUGUACGAGCAGGAUGCCAUGUUCUACACGAAAAUCGAGGCGCCCAACAGAAGUGCAUGCCACCUCUUGCUGCAAAUGAGCGAGAUCAAGGGCAUGGUCGAGGCAGGACAAUGGCCUGAGAGCUUAGAUAAAAUCCGUGCCCUUGAGAUCCUGCCGCUCGAUGCCGGUGGCGAUGCCAGCAAGAUCCGGCAUUACGCAUCCAAGUUCAACGGCCUGUCUCAGUCGGUUGCCAUCAACGUGCCGAACUUGCUGAUGUGGACCAUCACGUGUUGCGUCCGACAGCGCGAGAGGCUGCUCAGCGGGCAGUACAGCGGCAAUGAAGGAACACGGCGCAUGAUGUGCGACAACCUCAAGCAGAUCAGCAUGGACCUGACGACUUACACGACGGGGCUGAAGUACCGGUUCCCGGCGCACUUGCACCAAGCUCUGGCGAGAGCUUCCGCUGAUUAG